AUGCAGUCCGCCAGUGUGCCGCUCCGCCAUGCCUCGGAGGAACCACAAGAGUUCCCCUUCGUGGCCUCGCCGCUCCAGUCGCCGAAGCCGAUGAGCCGGCGCUCGUCGUUGCUCAACUCGUCGACCGCCUCGGCUCAGGUGCUGUUCGGCAAGGCGUGGCAAGGGACGGAGGAGGAGUUGCAGAGGAAGCAUGAGGAUGAACAGCGUGCUUACGGCAACAAGCGCGAGUUGCUCGUACGGUCGCUGGACGAGGCGUCAGUGCUCGUCAAGAGUCUCGCGACGUUCAACCAGAACAAGUGGACCGUCCACUACCCGCACCAGCUUGGCGUGUCGACCGUCGCUGAUGCGUCAACUCCCCCUCAUCGCGCCGCCAGUUCGCCUUCCACGCCCAAUGCUCGUUCCGCCAUCAAGGGAGCUCGUCAGGCGCCAUUGCGUCGCAGUGCAUCCAUGUUCCCCGAGGAGGCUGUUGCGGGCGAAGAGCCGGAGUCUCCAGCUCGCCCUUCGCCUCAGAGGGCCUACUCGCUCGUCGACAGUCCGCCUGCACCCGCCGCUUCAAAGGAUUCGACGCCCGUGCAUCCGCUCUCCAUCCUCUCUCUCGACCUCAAGAUGGGUCACCCGAGCACGUCGACCGCCCAGCUGCCCGCCUUGAUCCCCUCGCUUUCGCUUUCGACCCUCUCGCAACUUCUGUCCCGCCGCCUCACGACCUCCCUUAGCCACAUCUCUUCUCUCCGCACUCGUGUCCUCGACUCGUCUUCCCGCGUGCUCGUCACGGGAGACCUCAACACCGGCAAGUCGACCUUCGUCAACGCGCUUCUCCGCCGCGAGGUCAUGCCGUGGGACCAGCAGCCGUGUACGACCGUAUUCUGCGAGGUUCUCGAUGCGAGUCUGAACGAGGGCAAGGAGGAGCUGCAUGCGAUCCGGGACGUCGAGAAGUACGAUCGCUCGAACCCGGAGACAUUCGAUGUCUUCUCGCUCGAGCAGGUGUACGACGUGCAGGACACGGGCGACGAGUACCAGAUCGUCAAGGCGUACGUGCACGACGGACGCGCGCCGGUGUCGGAGAACGAGCCGAACCCUUCGUUUAUCAAGAACGGCCUCGUCGACAUCUCGCUCAUCGACGCACCCGGCUUGAACCGCGACACCCUUUCGACUACUGCCCUCUUCGCCCGCCAGUCCGAGAUCGACGUCAUCGUCUUUGUCGUCUCUGCCGAGAACCACUUCACCCUCUCAGCGAAGGAGUUCCUCUGGAACGCCAGCCGCGAGAAGGCCUACGUCUUCAUCGUGGUCAACAAGUGGGGCGGCAUUCGCGACAAGGCGAGGUGCAUGCGCGUCGUCGGUGAGCAGAUCAAGCAGCUCUCGCCCGCGACGUGGGAGAACCGCGCCGAGCUCGUCCACUUUGUCGAUGCGGCAGAAUACGUCGAGGGUCCCGCCGAGGUCUCGGUUGAAGAACCCAGCGCGUUCGACCACCUCGAGCAGUCGCUCCGCUCGUUCGUCCUCCUGAAGCGGUCCAAGUCGAAGCUCGCGCCCGCCAAGCACUACCUCCUCAACCUCCUCGCCGACCUCUCAACUCUCGCCUCUGCCAACGUCGUAGCCGCCAACGACGAGCUCUCCGCCGCCUUGCGCGAGCUCGAGCGCAUCCGCCCGAUCCACGAGCGCCUCUCAGCCCAGCGCGACGAGGUCGAGGAAGGCGUCGACCGCGUCGAGGAGACAGUCGUCGAGUCCGUCAAGUCCGCCGCGUGGUCUCGCCUCGAGCGCGCGCUCAACUACAUCGCAGAAGGCAAGGUCGUCCCUCCCGCCGAGUCGACCAUCGACGCCGACUCGCGACAGGUCUUUGAGGGAACCGACUCUCUUGAUGGCCCGACAGACCUGCCGCCUUAUCCGGGCGUGUGGGGCAUCUGGGAGUGGGCGAACGACGUCAAGAAGACGCUCGUCCGUGCGCUCGAGGCUGAGGUUCGCGCGGCCGAGGACGACGCGAGGUUCGAGACGGUUGACGGCGUCAAGACGGUCAUGAACGACCUCGGCGACAAGUACCUGCCCGAGGAUGGUGAGACGGCUGGCGAGGCGGUCCAGCAGGAGCAAGCGAAGAACGGCCGCGUCUUCCGCCCCGAAGUCAUGUUCGCCAAACGUCGUCGCGGUGUCGGCAGGCUCGCAGCACGCGGCGUGUCAACCGGACUCGGACUCGGGUCGGCUGGACUCGGCGUCAACUGGUCCGUCACCGACUUUGACGUCUCGUUCUUUGACAUGUUCGACUUUGAGCGCAUGACGUCGCACGGCGACGCGCUGAGGGGAAGGAAGGAGCACAAGUUGAUCGAGGACGAUGUUGUCGAGAAGGGCACGCUCGUCGGGCUAGGACUCGGCAGCAUCGGCAUGGUCGGCUCGAGGAUCAUCGGCAUCAAGGGCACGAUGGGCAGCCUGACUCGCAUCAUCGAGAUGCUCGGCUCGAAGCAGGCGAGAAAGUGGGCCGGGCCCGUCAUCGGCGUCCUCACUGUUGGCCUCGUCGUCUAUGUCAUCGUCGAUCUCCCGCGCGCCAUUCCUCGCAACAUCGGCCGCAAGCUCCAGCUCUCGCUUUCGCCUCCUCCCGCUCUCCUCUCCGGCUCGUCCUCGGCCUCCUCACCGCCCGUCACUUUCGCCUCUGCCCACUCCGAUCGCAUCGCACGCGAGGUUCGCAAGGUCCUCCGCCUCGCCGGCUGGGACCUGCGCGAGCGUUUCCGCGCUGCGCUCGACAAGUCCGCCGCCGAGCGGAAAGAAGUCGAGGGAGUCGUUGCCCGCGCCGAGGGCGCCUUGCAGUUCCUCGAGGAGUUUGAGGGCAAGGUCCGCGAGGGCCAAGGUCACGUCAAGGUCAUCGACCUGGAUUGA